AUGCCCGGCGUUGAAAUGAAGCCCCUCCGGGCCGAUGACAUGCGAGUGCUGGGCCAGGACCCCCUCAUCCCUCCUGCCCUCCUCAUCUCCGAGAUCCCCAUGCCGGAUGAGUCCCUCCGGACUGUCGUCAAAGGCCGGCGCGACGCCGUCAACAUCAUCAUGGGCCGCAAUGACCGCCUGCUGGUCAUUGUCGGCCCCUGUUCUAUCCAUGACCCUGCGGCUGCGAUUGAAUACGCCAACAGGCUAAAGGCCGUCUCGGACCGCCUGCAGGAUGAUCUCUGCAUCAUCAUGCGCGCCUACCUGGAGAAGCCGCGUACAACGGUCGGCUGGAAGGGCCUGAUCAACGACCCCGAUAUCGACCAGACCUUCAAGAUCAACAAGGGCCUGCGGGUGUCUAGGCAGCUCUUCCGCGACCUGACCUUGACCGGCAUGCCGAUUGCUUCCGAGAUGUUGGACACCAUCUCUCCCCAGUUCCUGGCUGACUUCAUCUCGGUCGGCGCUAUUGGCGCCCGCACCACGGAGUCUCAGCUGCAUCGUGAGCUGGCCUCGGGUCUGUCCUUCCCCGUUGGCUUCAAGAACGGUACUGAUGGCAACCUGAACGUUGCUAUCGACGCCAUUGGCGCUGCUGCCGCCCAGCACCACUUUAUGGGUGUUACCAAGCAGGGUCUGGCUGCCAUUACUCGUACUUCGGGCAACGAGCACGGCUUCCUCAUCCUGCGUGGCGGCACUAAGGGCCCCAAUUACAGCAAGGAACACAUCAAGGAGGCCAAGGAGACCCUGAUCAAGAAGGGCCAGAAGCUGGCCAUCAUGGUUGACUGCUCUCAUGGCAACUCCAACAAGGACCACCGCAACCAGCCGAAGGUGGCCAAGGCCAUCGCGGACCAGCUGCGCGAGGGCGAGACCGCCAUCAUUGGCGUCAUGAUUGAGUCCAACCUCUGCGAGGGCAACCAGAAGGUGCCUCCUGAGGGCCCGUCCUGCCUGAAGAAGGGUGUCUCUAUCACCGACGCCUGCAUCGGCUGGGAGACGACUGUCGAGGUUUUGGAGGAGCUGGCUGCCGCCGUGCGUGAGCGCCGCCAGGUCACUGCUGGGCAAGUUAAAGGCUCUCCCAAGACCACUCCCCUGGAGGAGGACUAA